AUGAGCAAUGGUUCUCUAGCAGCGGGCAGUGCCCAACCCUUCCUGGACAGGAGGCCCGGGACGCACGCCAGAGAAGACGGAUCCUCCAUCUACUUCAUGUGCAACGACUUCUGGUGCAGCAGAAGUACCGAUGCAGAUGCCCGUUCGCGUUCGUGUCGCGCCUCCGUUGAUGAAGUCAACAAGAUCUGCCUGUUGGAUUUUCUCCAGAUUGACACUCGGCCGACCUUUGUGUUAAAUCUGGACACCUUCGACGAAUCCUACAGUCUUCUUCACCCCAUCUACUGCAAUCCGGCCCUGUUGGAGUUUGCAAACGGCAACCUGCUCGCUCUCAUCACUGGAAAAGGCGAUGCCAAUAUCAUCGGUGCGUUCUCCACAAGAAAACAUUCGAAGUUCAGAAAGUGGGCGUAUGGUGAAGAGGUCGAUUCUCGCAACGGGACCUUUAGGUAUGGCAACAUACAGUGGACGAAGGUGGUGGUCAUGGGCCGAUGGGCCGUUGUCAGCAGUGCACCUGACAGACCGCAUCCGACCUUGGGCUUUGGGGGGCUUGCUCCGGGUCCUGUACAGACAGUCACUAGAACGCCAACGUCUUUUGGAUCUCCAAGCAUUGAUCCGGAUGUGCGACCUAACCGCAGUGUCCAGCACCGAUCUCACAGUGAUGACAUUAUCAUCACGCAGCAUACGAGUUCGGAACCGGAAUUUGUAAGGCUUCCAGUGGAAUCGAUAAGCCGGUUAUCCAGGGUAGAUGGUGCCAACGACCUUAGCGAUAUGCUGUCUCCCGGUGGCUUCGAUUGGACGGGUGAUCAUCCCAUUCCAAACAUGUCUGACCAUGUCAGAUUCGCCCGAUCCGUGGACUGGAGUCAAACACCACUAGGUCCGAUGUGCACGUGGACCGCGCCUCUCCGUACGAUCAGUAAUCUCGUCAUGCGAGAUCCCAACCCUUCCGUUGUAUUUUGGGGGAAAGAGGUCGUCAUGAUCUACAAUGAAGCUUACAUCGAGCUCAUUGACCAGAUGCAUCCUAUGGCCAUGGGGAAAAGCGCCAGGGCGGUGUUUAAGGAUUACUGGAACCACUUCGUCCCUGUUGUCACUCGAAAUAUGUUGACUGGAGAGGCCGUUCCAGAGAAAGACCUGCUAAUCUUCCUUCAAAGAAGUAACAUUUUGGAAGAGACGUAUUUUUCCUUCACCUUCCUUCCCGUUGUGGAUGAUCAAGGGAACGUCGUUGGCCAUUACGAACCCGUGACGGAGAACACAAAGCAGGUUAUUUCUGAUAGACGACUAUCCACAUUGCUAAGGCUUAGCGAGGAAACCUCCACCGCCCGAACCCUGGAUGCUUUCUGGAGGUCCAUAUUGCAGGCUCUAUCGGACAACGACAAAGAUGUACCUUUCGCCACGAUAUACGCUGUUGAGGAUGACGGAGAUUCAAGCGACUGCUCUUCCCUGAGCUCGAUCAAGAGUGUUGUGGGAGAAUGCUCGUUGAAAGGCUCCCUUGGAGUGCCUGAAGGCCACCCUGCCGCUCCUCCUCGUCUCGACCUUCUGGAGGGUAUCGAAGCCUUCAUCCCCUACUUGCACGAGGCCGUUGACUUGAGAAAGCCAACCUUCGUGGACUUGGCCGAUCCGGCUUUCCCUAUGAACUUGCUCAACGGUAUAAACUGGCGUGGAUUUGGCGAUCCCUGCAAGUCGCUUGUCAUCUGUCCCAUCACGCCGACAACUAGCAGGAACGUUCUGGGCUUUUUGAUUGUUGGACUCAACUCCCGCCGUCCGUAUGAUGACGACUACCAGCAGUUUAUGAGUGUUACGGGCAGACUGCUGGCUACCUCGCUAGCAUCCGUUGUCCUGCACGAGGAAGAGAUUCGUUCUCGUGAGAAGAUGAUUGUGCAGGCAGAACUUAUGAAGGCACAGCUGGCAGAGCAACUCGACAUUACCCGGAAAGAGGUGGCAAGAAAUGAGAAGAAAUUCCAGCGCUUUGCGGAGCGUGCGGAUGUGGCCAUCUUCAUUGUCGGCUCGGACGGCCACUACACAUACCGGAAUCAGUCGUGGUUCGAAAUUUUCCAGCUGGAAGACGACGAUCUGGACGUCAGAGAUGCCUGGCCCCGCCUUUGCUACGAUGAGGAUCUACCGAAGUGUGAGGAGUUUUUCAAGCGUCUUAUGGUUGAGAACUGCGCAAUCACUUUCGAACUUCGCCUCAGGAGAUCGUGGACGCCAGCAGUCGACGAUCCAGCCCUGAUAGCAACCGAUGGUCACUCAGAGCAAAGCGUCUGGAUCCUCUGUUCUGCGUACCCUGAGACCUCAGACAAUGGAGAAAUCAAAGAAAUCGUAGGAUGCGUGACGGAUAUCAGCCGCCAGAAAUGGGGCGAGUGGCUGCAGACGCAACGAACGGAAGAUGUGCUGAAGUCAAAACGACAGCUCGAGAACUUCAUCGACACCACAAGCCAUGAGAUGCGCAACCCUCUCGGCGCAAUCAUACAAUGUGCCGACGGAAUCAUAGCAUCGCACGAAUCUUACAUCAAGUCCAUCAGGACUCUCAGCGAAACGGAACGGAGACUGUUGGAAAGUGGCAUCGAUGCCGCACAGACCAUCUCUCAGUGCAGUCAGCAUAUGAAAUGCAUUGUCGACGAUGUCUUGACCAUGUCCAAAGUCGACUCUGGCCUUCUCAUGAUGACACCUGUAGAUGCACAGCCGGAAAUUCUUGGACAGCAUGCUAUCAAGAUGUUUAAAGCCGAGGCCAAAGCGGCAGGAGUUCAUCUUACAUUCACAGUUGAUCCGUCGUUCCGUCAGUCAGGCCUUGACUGGGUGUCGCUUGACCCAACCCGGGUUCUUCAAAUCAUCAUCAAUCUUAUCACAAACGCCAUCAAGUUCACCAAGCUUGAGUCACGACGCAUAGUAACGCUAAGUCUCGGUGCGAGCAUGGAACGUCCGUCCAGGUGUAUAGUCUGCGACAUAGACUACAUCCGCACCUCCGCCGCUCCUGAGGCGCCUUCGCUCGUUGCCGACUGGGCUAAAGGCGAGUGCGGUUUCAUCCAGUUCGCUAUCCAGGACACAGGUCGCGGCCUUACAGAUGAUGAGAAAGACCUCCUCUUCACCCGCUUCUCACAGGCCUCGCCGCGCACCCAUAUCCGCUAUGGCGGCAGCGGCCUGGGCCUCUUCAUCUCCCGCCGUCUUACCGAGAUGCAGGGCGGAGCGAUUGGUUUUUCUUCACAUACACGCGCUGGUAGCACAUUUUCCUUCUACAUCAAGGCCCGCCGUAGCACGCCGCCAAAGCUACUCGACGCGAUGGCCAGUGGCCCUGAUCCGGACGAGAUGAGCGAUGUGCUGACCCCUCUGACGCCCGUCGGCAGUGCGGAUGACGAACUGAUUAAAACGCCGCCGCCGCCACUAGUGCAUUCACCGGUGCGGGCGCGAUCGGAUUCGCUGGAGCACGAUCUUGAAGAAGACUGCAGCCCGGCCAAGAGACCGAGCCUACACCGCCCACAUUCGAGCUUGUCAGACCCCCUUCACGUGCUACUAGUCGAGGACAAUCUGAUCAACCAGCGUGUUCUAGCCAACCAGCUGCGCAAUAAGGGCUGCCUUGUCUCCGUCGCCAAUCAUGGCGUAGAAGCGCUGGCAUUCUUGCGCCGGACGACAUAUGCCUCCCCCAGCUACGUCAAUCCCGCGAGUACCAACGACAAUAGUGAUGGGAGUGGUAGUUUUCCGCCAGUAAUGGCACUUGAUGUCAUCUUGAUGGAUUGGGAGAUGCCGGUCAUGGAUGGGCUGUCGGCCGUGAAGGAGAUCAGACGGAUGCAGAAGGAGGGCGUGCUCAGGGGCCAUAUCCCGGUCAUCGCAGUGACAGCGAAUGUGCGGAAUGAGCAGAUUAACCAGGCGAUGGAAGCGGGAAUGGACGACGUUGUAUCGAAACCUUUCCGCGUCCCGGAGCUCUGCAAGAGAAUGCGAAGCCUGAUCAUUCAGCUGAAGAGCUGA